AUGUCCAGUUAUCCUCAGCCGACAGAGUCAAGAGCUCAAGAAUUAAUUGAAAAUUACAACACCAUUCUAAAAAAAGUUGAAGCUUUGAAUCCCAAAACAAGAUUAGUAGCAGUAUCAAAAUUUAAACCAUCUUCAGAUAUAAUGGCAUUAUAUUCAAUAGGAGUACGACAUUUCGGAGAAAAUUACGUUCAAGAGUUAAUAGCAAAAUCAGAAGAAUUACCAAAAGAUAUAUGUUGGCAUUUUAUUGGUGGUUUACAACUGGGUAAAACUAAAGAUUUGAGUAAUAAAGUUUCAAAUUUAUAUGCUGUUGAAACAGUGGAUAGUUUGAAAAAAUGUAGACAAUUGAAUAAUGCAAGAGAGAGGAAAAACGGUGAAGUGAUAAAUGUUUUCUUACAAAUCAACACUUCGGGAGAAGAACAAAAAUCGGGAUUUUUAGAUGAAAACGAUAUUGAUAAAUGUAUUGAAUAUUUGAAAAGUGACGAAUGUAAAAAGUUAAAUCUUAUUGGGCUAAUGACCAUAGGUUCAUUUGCUGAAUCGACAUCUGAACAUGAAGAAAAUCAAGACUUCAAAAAAUUAACUGAUAUGAAAAAGAAUUUGGACGAUAAGUUUAAUUUAGAUUUACAAUUAAGUAUGGGUAUGAGUAAUGACUAUGAACAAGCAAUAAAACAAGGAAGUACAAAUGUGAGAGUUGGUUCUUCAAUUUUUGGAGCAAGACCUACAAAAAAUUAA